CUUACCCAUCUGCAGCUUUAGUUUCCAUCUUUUGGCCCAGCCGCCAUUUGUUUGGUUUUUGGUGCCUUCCUAAGAUAAUUUCCUGAAUGAUUGCCUUUUCCAACAGGGACUUUUUCUCACAGUUCUGAGGCAUUCAGGUUAAGAUCCGAGAAUGCAUAGAAGCGGCGUGGUAGCUGGGAAGGCAGUCUGUGCGUGGGGGAUGGAGCUCUGAUUCAUGGCUCUUUGCCUUGUGGCUCUGGGCAACCUAGCUUGCCUUUCUGGGUUUCAGUUUCCUUAUUUUUAUUUUUUAAUUUAUAUUUGGCUGUCCUGGGUCUUCGUUGCUGAGAGGGCUUUUCUCUAGUGGCAGCGAGUGAAAACUGGGAGUGAAGACUGAGGCUGCAUCCUGCCUGCAUCUGCUGCACACAAUGGAGUGUUGCUCCAGGACCUUGCAUCAGACAUAAAAUGACGCUGUGGAUUCUGCUCCUGCUAUCGCUCUACCCAGGCCUCACUAGACAAAAAUCUGAUGAUGACUAUGAAGAUUAUGCUUCUAACAAAACAUGGGUCUUGACUCCAAAAGUUCCGGAGGGUGAUGUCACAGUCAUCUUAAACAACCUCCUGGAAGGAUACGAUAAUAAGCUUCGACCUGAUAUAGGAGUGAAACCAACAUUAAUUCACACAGACAUGUAUGUGAAUAGCAUUGGUCCAGUGAAUGCUAUCAAUAUGGAAUAUACAAUCGAUAUAUUUUUUGCCCAAACAUGGUAUGACAGACGUCUGAAAUUUAACAGCACCAUUAAAGUCCUCCGACUGAAUAGCAACAUGGUGGGGAAAAUCUGGAUUCCAGACACUUUCUUCAGAAAUUCCAAAAAGGCUGAUGCACACUGGAUAACCACCCCUAAUAGGAUGCUGAGAAUUUGGAAUGAUGGUCGAGUGCUCUACACUUUAAGACUGACAAUUGAUGCUGAGUGCCAGUUACAGUUGCACAAUUUUCCAAUGGAUGAACAUUCCUGCCCCCUGGAAUUCUCCAGUUAUGGCUAUCCACGUGAAGAAAUUGUCUAUCAGUGGAAGCGUAGUUCUGUUGAAGUGGGUGACACAAGGUCUUGGAGACUUUAUCAAUUUUCAUUUGUUGGACUGAGAAAUACCACUGAAGUAGUGAAGACGACUUCUGGGGAUUAUGUGGUCAUGACUGUCUAUUUUGACCUGAGCAGAAGAAUGGGCUACUUCACCAUCCAGACCUACAUCCCCUGUACACUCAUUGUUGUCCUAUCUUGGGUGUCUUUCUGGAUCAAUAAGGAUGCUGUUCCAGCCAGAACUUCUUUAGGAAUCACCACUGUCCUGACAAUGACUACCCUCAGCACCAUUGCCCGGAAGUCUCUCCCCAAGGUCUCCUAUGUCACAGCGAUGGAUCUCUUUGUAUCUGUUUGCUUCAUCUUUGUCUUCUCUGCUUUGGUGGAGUAUGGCACUCUGCAUUAUUUUGUCAGCAACCGGAAACCAAGCAAGGACAAAGACAAAAAGAAGAAAAACCCUCUUCUUCGGAUGUUUUCCUUCAAGGCCCCUACAAUUGACAUCCGCCCACGAUCAGCAACCAUUCAAAUGAACAAUGCCACACACCUUCAAGAGAGAGAUGAAGAAUAUGGGUAUGAGUGUCUGGAUGGCAAGGACUGUGCCAGUUUUUUCUGCUGUUUUGAAGAUUGCCGAACAGGGGCUUGGAGACACGGGAGGAUACACAUCCGUAUUGCCAAGAUGGACUCCUAUGCGCGGAUCUUCUUCCCCACUGCUUUCUGCUUGUUCAAUCUGGUUUAUUGGGUCUCCUACCUUUACCUGUGAAGAGGUAUGGGUGUUACUGAUGUGGGUCUUACUCACUAAAUCUCAUGAAGAGAAGACGUCCUUUCUAAGUCUACUUACAUAAUCCCCUGUGUAGUUUACCAUACUUUGAAUUUGUUUCCGUGUUCCAGCCUGGUAAAUUGUAUUCAUGUCAUAUUGUUUGCACCCAACUCUCCUAUGCUAAGUGUAAUUUGAAGUGUAAUGUUUGCUGUGUCUCAAAACCUGCAAGGCAAAGUGAAAUUAGAGCAAGAACAUUGAAACAAUACAAGCUUUUCUUUCAGCUACAACAAUUGCAAUUGUGAAAGCCAUUAUUAUUUACAAUGGUGUUAUCCUUCCUGAGUUCAAAAUACAAUUAGAUGCAAAAGAACCAAAAGUGUACCCUCUGUUCUGGGAUCAAGUUGUGGUAAAUUUGAUUCCCAAAGGAUAUCUCCCUAAUUUGAGAAAAAUCAUAACCUGCUUUAAAUAUAGGAACCUAGACUAGAAAUCUAUUAUAUCUCCCUUCCAAGAUAUGAAGGAAACUUCCUCCACAUCACAUGUACAAUGAUGUAAAUAUUUCAGUAACAUAGAAUGCUUCAAGUUUAAUGCAUGCAUCUCUAGAGCUGAAACAAGUGGACUGACGUUAACAUCAUAUUGUCUUCUAUUCUGUGUCUUUGGGCUCUAAAUGAAUCAUGAAUGUAAUUAUAUGGGUUUGGGUUUGGAACAGGAGAGAGGAAUCUUCUCCCUCACGCAUGAAGACUCAAACAUCUUGUUUUUUUUUUUUUUUUUUUUUUUUUUCCUUGUAAGACGUAUUACAACACUAAGUAAAAUACAAACUGGAUAAUUGACAUUUGCCACCUCGAAAUAUGCCCAGUUUCAUAGAGUAUAAAGUAAAUAAAUGUAUGUGCUUGCUA